AAUGUAUUGGAUCAACCUGUCCCAGGAGAAAGUUAUAGUGAAGGACAUCCAUUAGCAGUUUAUAGAACGUAUGGAUGACAGGUUUGGCUCGGGGGUCUUAUGAACUGUGUCUAGAAAGUUUAUAAAAAGCAAAUCAUUUCUAAUCAUGUCUCAUACACAAGUAUCCAUAUACCCUACGGGGACGUGAGUCUGUCCUGAACGUGACUGGCGGAUGGUGGAGCAGGUUAUUGAUGUGGUACAAGGGGGGAGCCGUUAUACUUAGCCUCCUCGGAUCAGGCUACACUCUGGACAUUAACACGUUAUAGGUCGGAUACAAGGGAAAAUGAUUAUAUGUCUCUUUGUAACUACCAUCUUGAUUAUUGAUCUAGCUACGAAUUCAACCAACAAAGAUGAACAAAAGGCUCUGUAUAAACAAAUUUUGCCAGAGAUUUAUGCUGGACAGUAUCGGCUCCGAUGAUUUACCUGAACAAGUUAACAGUUACAGAAUGGCAAUGUUUUUGUUGUGACUGUGUGACACGGUGUAUGCUGUGGUUUCUGAUGAAUUCUGCUUCAUUGUUAAUCGACUGGAUCUGUGUACGGCAUAAAAGAUUCACUCCAGCGAGUUGGAAGUAUUAGAAUGGAGUAGCAGGGAUGUAACGGUGGAUCAGAGGAUAUAUGUAUGGAGUGUGCUUUUCCGACACCAGACCGUGGAUCGGAGGAUAUGUAUGGGGCGUGCUAUUCCGACACCAGACCGUGGAUCAGAGGAUAUGUAUGGGGUGCUGUGCUAUUCCGACACCAGACCACAACCGUUUAACUUUGACUGGAUGUAACUUAUGGAGGAGAGAAUGCUUCCUGAAGAGGCUGUGGCAUUGAUUGGGCCCCCUGUCCAUGUGUACCAUACAGGAUAUUACAGAACACCAGCUUUAUACUGGUCCCGUGGAAUAGCACACAUCAUAUACCACUAGGCCGUUACACCAGAGAGGAUGCUCAUGUCAUACUGCAAAACUUAUUUAACACCAUAAAACAUGGAUAUGUACUUUAAGAUAAUACUCUGAAGGGGUUGACAUCACUCUCUAUUCCUUAUAUAUUACGGUACCGUAUACAUUUAUCUUCUGUGGUGUUAAAGUUUUGGAAACAUCGGAUUCACAGUAUUGAUUUUACUUACAAUUUUGUGAAUACUGUACAUAAAUGUUUUGUUUUUUUUGAUUGUUGAGGAUUUUCAUUGGUGUUACACUUCGGGAGUAAACUUGGAUUUUGCCAUUUACAACAUUCCAUAGAUUUCUCCAAAUCUGCCUUACCUCUGUAACAAUCCUUCUCUGUGAGCUUACUGCAGUGAUAUAACGGGAAAAUGUGAUGUCACAUAAAAAAAAGAGUGGUCCUCGUCAACCUUACAUUGCCUCGGGUUAUAAAGCUGUGUGCAUACUAAUCCAUACCUAUCAAGAUAAUGAAAUUCCACGCCAGUAAAUUCUCCGGAUUUCCAAUUACUGUAAGUAGUUAGUGGUCGUAUGAUGAAGGUGCAAUGGAAGCCUCCAACUGUAAGACAGUGACGAUGAGCCGAGUCAGACAUGUACUUAACACAACCAACACUACAGAACUGUUUGUUUACUGCCUUCCUAUAGCCUUACAACAACACACCUAGCUCAAUUGUGCUGAGGAAUGCCAUUCACCAGCAUGUCUUAACUGUGGUCACUGUGUUAAUGUGUGUGUGUGUGACACAGUCGUACAAGGAAACACAGACAGGAUGCCAGGAAAACGGGUCCCAACCUCUUCUAGCACAGCUCCGUAUAACAAUCAGCCCAUGACUUCCUGUACGGUAGCUGAGGUGGGAAGCCUCGAGUCGGCUCCUGGCUCUGAGAUAACAGACGACGUGAGAAGCUAUUCGCCUAAUCUGUCUCCGGGUCAGUCACCUGGACAGUCACCUGGGGCAUCCCCAGACCACCGGUCAUUAUCAUCUACCCAAGGUGUGUACCUGACCAGCACCCCCAUUAUGUCCACUUCAUCUUCUGACGGGGAACCUAUUCUGUCGUCUGCUUCAGCCAUCAUGUCACGCCAUGAGAAAAAGAAAAAAAAAUGGUACAGACGACUCGGACAGCAGGUGAAGAAGUCGUUGGGUUCUAAAAGUGAUUUAGUUACAAGACAGAUGAGUAGGUCAGAGGAAGAAUUGAUCAUUGUGUCUGGUCAAUCAGUGAGAAUGACCUCGUCAUCUUAUAACUUUGGCCAUGCUAAUUCUAUGGUAAACCUGACACAGACAGUACCCGAUGCAAAAGAGUACCGGCGUACAACUCUACACGAACUUCCCAUGGAUAGGUGUGCGUCGGACCAGUGCCUCUUAGGGGGAGGGGUCGUACCCCUUGAGACACAAAGUCUCCCCACCAUGAGUCCAAAACGUUUCCAUCAACUACAAGGUCAGAGUGACUUGUCUCUGUCCACUCUGGACUCAGACCAAUCGGACAUUGAUAGUCGGUCAGAUACCCUUGAUGAUGAUUCGGCUAUUAGUGUCACCAGCAGGAUUAUUUACUCACUAGAGGAAAAGUCAGAUUUUCAGGAACUUAACAUCAGACAGAGACAGCAGGCGUUGAUGCAACAUUCCUUCUUUGUACUGGAGGUGUGGCUACGAGAAGGACGUGACCUGGUGGUUAGAGACAGCUGUGGUACCAGUGACCCCUACGUGAAGUUCAAGAUCGGAAAUAAACAGCACUAUAAAUCUAAGACUGUGUACAAGAACCUGAACCCCCAGUGGGAUGAGCGACUAUCUAUUCCUAUAGAGGAUGUGUACCGACCUGUCAACGUCAAAGUGUUCGACUAUGACCGUGGCAUCAGUGAUGACCCCAUGGGGUCAGCGGAGAUUGACCUCACUACGCUGGAACUCAACACGGCAACAGAUCUUAAGCUUCCUCUGGCAGACGGUGGUAAGAAUGAAGAGUACAUGGGCUAUCUCGUGCUACAGUGUACAUUGACGCCGAAGACCAUCCAGGAAAAGGAAACGACAUCAUUCAAGACCAAAGGUACAGCCAAAGGAGGCGACUCCAGCAAAAAACUCAAGAUGCAGAUCUGGUGUGGUGUGGUGACGAUAGUCUUGGUGGAGGGAAGAAACCUUGUACCUAUGGAUAAUAAUGGCUACAGUGACCCGUACGUCAAGUUCAGAUUGGGUGCCGAGAAGUAUAAAAGCAAGUUUAAAACGAAAACCCUGAAUCCUACCUGGCUGGAACAGUUUGAUCUGCGUAUGUACGAUGACCAGAGUCGUAACAUGGAAAUCACAGUCUACGACCACGACGUCACCGGGCGUGAUGACUUCAUGGGCAGAGCGGUGAUUGACCUGUCCCAGGUGAAACACGAGUUGACCCAUACGUUCGACCAGGCACUGGAGGACGGGGCAGGCAUCAUUAAGAUACUACUGACAGUCAGCGGAACGUGUGGCACCGAGACCAUCUCUGACCUCUCCAACUUCACAGCUAACCCCCGCGAUCGUGAAGAAAUCAUGACCAAAUAUCGCUUUAAAAACUCCAUAAAAAACUUGAAAGACAUUGGUUGGCUCCAAGUCAAAGUGUUUCGUGCUCAGAACCUGGCAUCUGCUGACAUAGGAGGGAAAAGUGAUCCGUUCUGUGUGUUAGAACUUGUCAACUCUCGACUACAGACACAAACAGAGUACAAAACUCUCAACCCAGACUGGAACAAGGUCUUCACAUUCAAUGUGAAGGACAUCCACUCUGUGUUGGAGGUGACUGUGUAUGAUGAGGACCGAGAUAAAAAGGUGGAGUUCUUGGGGAAGGUGGCCAUCCCUAUCCUAAAUAUAAAAAGAUGUGAAAGACGAUGGUACUCGCUCAAGGAUAAGAAGCUGAUGCGACGAGGCAAAGGAGUCAUUCAGCUGGAACUGGACUUUAUGUACAAUCAUUUGAAGGCAGCUAUCAGAACAGUAAACCCCAAAGAGGAGAAAUAUAUGCAACCUGAUCCCAAGUUCAAAAUAUCUGUGAUGAAAAGGAACAUCGACCGUGUGUCCCAGAUAGCCAGCUCUUUUAUUGAAGGAGGCAAGUUUAUCCAGAGCUGCUUUGACUGGGAGUCGCGAGCACGGAGUAUAUCUGCCUUUAUUGCCUACCUUGUGAUUGUUUGGUGCUUUGAGCUGUACAUGCUUCCCAUCACACUGUUGAUCAUCUUCCUCAAAAACUUCAUCAUAGUGUCUGUCACAGGAGCCUUUGCCGCCAACGCCAACAUCGAGGAUAUUGUUCAACGUUCAAAGGCGUAUGUGGACUCGGAGGAUGAAGAUGAUGACGAUGACAAAGAUAAGAAAAAGGCCAAAAAGCAGGAUAAGGAGGAGAAGAAGAGUUUUAAGGAGAAGUUACAUGCGAUACAGGAGGUCUGUCUGCAAGUCCAACAAGGCAUGGACAUGGCCGCAUCCUUAGGAGAACGGGUCAAAAAUACAUUUAACUGGACUGUGCCCUGGCUGUCCAUGCUAGCUGUGAUAGCUCUGACGAUUGGUAUAGUAGUGCUGUAUUCCAUCCCCCUUCGUUUCCUCAUACUGGCCUGGGGUAUCAACAAGUUUACGAAGAAGCUGAGAGCUCCGAAUGCUAUUCCAAAUAAUGAACUACUGGACUUCCUGUCGCGAGUACCCUCAGACAGUGAACUGAUACAAUACCGGGAACUACGUCCAGACCCCCAGUCGAUGUCAAAGAAGUCCAAACAAGCGUAGCAGGACCUGUGUAAGGACACAUUGGAUGAGAUAGUUGACUGUGAUAUGUGAUCUGUGUGGUAACAGGCAUAAACUCCGGUGAUAUUUGUGUCUUUGAUGCAGAAACUGGCUCUGGUGAUGUGUUUGUCAAAGUGGCCUUGCUGUUCUGGUACCUAACCAGGUGAUACACUGCUGAUCUAGGAUACCUGUAUACACAGACAGCAGCAGGCUGAAUACAGCUCAGGGUCUGGACAUUCAGCCUUGACCUUGAUAGGGUCAAGGCCAGUCAGGAUACAUAUUACGGUUGUGCUGAAAGUACAAGCUUUUGUGAAGACAACAGAUCUGCUGUUGAAGUUUGGAAGUGUUACAGAUCGUGGGAUAAUAUCAUUUUGACAGUUUUAAACUGUAACUGAUAACUGAUGGAUUCUUAAUGAGUUUCCAUGGUGAUGGUAGCAAAAUCUAAGAUGGAUACUGGUUACCAUGGCAAUGGUAGCAACAUUUCAAAUGGAGGCGGGUUACCAUGGUGAUAGUGGGGAGACUUUUCUGUGUUGGUGAAUAUGUUAUCACCAUUUCUGAGGCAGCUGUAUCGUUUAACUUUCACUUUUAGUCCCUCUUCCUACCCACAGGGUGAUGCUCAUCAACCAGGCGACUGUCAACUCAAUACCUGGCAGUUCUCUUUUUGCUUAAAUGAUUAGCAAUACAUUUGUAAUACUUUUAUGUUUUCUUUGGGACCCACUGUAACUGUUCUGGUGGAGAGAGAAAAUACUAGACUUUUAUGGAAACUGUGAUUUUUUUUAUGGAAAAUGUGAAACUUUCAUAACUAUACAGAGAAAGGUUAUUGUUUGGUCGCGUUUUCACAGGGGCCUCACUCUCUUGUUGAGUAACAGCAUAUUGACAUGUGUUUCAACCAAUAUGGCUGUCAGAACAACAAACUUAAGACAGUGUAGCCAGGUUCUCUGGAAUAAGGUUUUCCAAGUAUUCUUGUGUUGAACUGAGUGUGGUGGGUAUGACAGUAAGGACAUUCACACACCCAGUUAGAUAUUCACACUUUCGCACUGCUGAAUUUUUCGGUGAAUACGUUUUGGGAUAGGAACACAGGUGACCUAGAAGAGGAGGAAUCGAAUUAAUUCAAGGCGUCGGACAUCUUGAGGGGAUGCAGGCUUGAUAUAAACAAGCCACCACUCAAUGUUCCAGGUGUCUUGUGUUUUGUGACAUUGGAGAAAUCAUAGAUUUACAUUCCAUAUGCAAGAAGGAGUAAAAAAUCUCAUCGUGUUGUUCAUAGACUUCAUGUUUUUCUAAACAAUCAACAUUUGUUUUGAUAUAAUGCUAAUUUUUCGUUAUUAGCAAACCAUGCAAAAUUUUGAUUCAUAGGAAAUUUGGUUUGGAGCCUGUAUCAAUGUUCAGCAUGACAGAUUACUUCGAAUUUUAAAGAUUAGUUGAUGUAAUUGUUUACUAUGUAAGAAAUCCAGGCCUUAUAAUUUGUUUACAUUAUUGUCUCACACACCAGAUUCUUAUUACCAAGAAUUGCUAUUUUACGCAAUAUUUUAAGUUGGGUCGGGUUUGCAUCUCUUAGAUUGUUAGAAUGAAUAUCAGAUUUCGCAAUCACCUGUCCUGAAAAAUAAACACAAACAUUUAUGUUCCGGGAUAGCUGUAGAACUCCAGCAGAAAUGUUGUGUUAACAUUGACGGUAGGGUUUACUAAUAAAUAUCAACUGUUACUCUAGAUUUCAGUUUUCUGUCUUGGCCCUUCAUCAUUAGCAGAGCUGACUGUUAACCACUUGGUGCGGUUAAUAUCAGCUACGUGUCAAUCACAUCAUUUUAACUCAAAUUCCACUCUGGACAUCAUAUUUAAAAUCAUAUUUUUCAUAAGUUGAUAAUUUUGAAUCUCUUUUUUUGGUUGAGGCUUAUCAGAUAAUUGUGAUAUUUAGCUACUGUUAGAAGAUUUAAUUAAGGGGAUUGGACCAGUGUAUGUGUCAGUGAUAUAGAAAUCUCUGACAAAUUCUCUGUUAGCCUCGCUCCGUUUUCAGUCAAAAAGAAUGUUUAUGUUAAUUUUGUCACCUUCAAUAUGAUGUAUCACAUGAAUAUGUUAUAUUUUUUUUAUUGAUUUGAUGUUUGUUUUUAACAUAUAAAAUUUACAAUCC